UGAGUAUUCAAUCAUUCUGAUUUUUCAGUGUCAGGCUGCAUAUUUGUGGUGAAGAAAGUGUGGUCUCCCUUUGAACGGGGCAUGUUUUGUGAUGACGAGUCACUCCGCUACCCGUUUACCGAUCAUGAAACAGUGUCUGACAUGGCCCUCAUGCUUUUUGGGGUGGCCAUGCCCGUGGGCCUGAUGUGCCUUUUGGAGUGGUGGAGGAUUCGUCAGGAGGCGGUGGGGAAGCCGCUGGUGAUGUGCAGCAGAAACGUUAGCUCGUGGUUCUGGGCUUCGUAUGCCGCCAUUGGCACAUUCCUCUUUGGGUGUGCUUGCUCGCAGCUCUCCACUGACAUUGCCAAGUACUCUAUUGGACGUUUGAGGCCACAUUUUAUCAGUGUGUGCAUUCCUGACUGGUCACAGCUCAACUGCACUCAAGACUACAGGUAUGUUGACCACAUCCCCUGCACAUCAAGUGAAUCAUUCCGAUUGAAAGAAGCUCGGCUAUCGUUUCCCUCCGGACACGCCUCCUUCUCUGCGUUUACCAUGAUUUACUUAGCUAUUUACCUUCAAGUGCGAUUUAAGUUCAAAGGUCCCAAGUUGGUUCGGCCGUUCCUUCAGUUUGUGUGCUUAAUGAUGACCUUCUAUUGCUGCCUCUCUCGUGUCUCAGACUACAAGCACCACUGGUCGGAUGUUCUCUUUGGUUUUGCUCUGGGAACAACAGUGGCCAUCUUAAUUUCAUGCUAUGUAUCUGACCUGUUCCCGCCUCAUUUACUACCAACUGCAGUUAGUAAGGGCCAGACCGUCUUCCUUCAAGAUCGUCGUUAUAUCGGAAACGAGAACGAGACCAAUACCGCUCGUACAAACUUAGACGACUGAAGUCGUUAAAAGAGGAAAAGGUAUUUAACAACGCGAGAUGGACUUAUGACUUUGGGAUCUGGGUUUUAACUUUACAGCCAGGCCAGAAAAAUUGUCAACAUACAUUUGUUUGUGCUUUUGCUGAGGACAGAAGAGUAAGUUGGGUAAUGAGAAACUGUUAAGAUAAUUUUACUACAAAGAUAUGUUCAGUUCUAUAAAAUUACCACCAAAAAUUGAUGAAUGAAAUUUGAAGAGAAUUUAUUACAGUUACACCUUUUGAUUAUAAACCAUCAAGUGUCAGUGUUUCUCAGAUGUUAUCAAGUUUGUUAUAGUUAUUUUGGGGUGCUCUAACCCUCGUCCAGUCUGGCUGUACAGUAAGUGUAACGGAAAAUUAAAUGUCUUGCCGAAAGAUUAAAGUCAAUUAGACUUCAGAUUUUGAGGUUGUACAAAAAGUCUUCAGUUGUAAAAUAUAAAUACAAGAGAUUGAUGUUGUAGAAUAUUGUAUAGAAAUAAUAAAAAGGGGGAAGGUAAGUAACAAAAAUCCAGAGUUUGGUGUAUAGAAAGUAACAUCAUCAGGUUGUCCUCAAAGGUUUAGUUUAAUUUAGACAUCUUAGGAUUGAACACCAUUUACCUUACAAUAAUUUAAUCUCAUUUAAUGGUUGAGAGAUUUUGUUGUUUUAAUAAGUUAUUGUAUUUGAGUUGAUGUAACAAUGAAUUUCAUAGUUUUUUUUAUUGUAUGUAGUUAUAUAUUGUAUGAGGCUUUUAUUGUUUGUAUAUGGCAGGACUGUUACAAACACUUCGAGUUUUUUUAAGCAGGGUUACUAUACUACUGGUCGACCCAACAAACACGGUUGUUGUAGCCUUUAUAUUACUCAAAACUUUUAUUGUAUGAAGACUAAAAAUUAUAUACAUUACCAGUUCUAAGACAGGUUGUCCCAUUAUCUUAUUCAACUACAGCAUAAAAACUGCUGGUUGUAGAUUUAAGACCUAAUAUAUAUCCUUGUCCCAGAAAACUCCAGGGAAAUAAAACAAAAAUAUGAGUCUGCCAAAAGUGUAGGAACCCCGAGUACUGAAAUUCGUUCAUAUACUUUUUGUGUUUAACAUUUUUAGGUUUAAUUACAAUUAUAUUAUUUUAAGGUAAUUUUAAGCACGGAUAACUAGAGGUAAUAGUGAUUUAGUGUUUUAACUAGAGGCCUUUAAAAUGUAUAGAGAAUUACUGAUAGAUUGACAAAACUAUUUUGUGGAUGUACAGGGUGUCCCAAAAGGUUCAUGUUCAUAUACAGUAUUGAUGGUAAUGAAGAACAGCCUUUAGAAUGAGUGAAGUAAAAUGAGAAACAUUCUGAGGGGAUGAAGUGCAGGGAUUGAUACUGUGUCUGUAUUUUUGUUCAUCAUCAAUAUUUUACAGCCACAUUUACACAGGUGAGCCACAAUUACCUGAAGGUUGCUGUUAGGUAUAACCAGUGUAAAUUUUUGAUGAAGUAAAGGUACAUGUUGAGUUUUGCAUUCUGGUGAUGAUGGACUUUUGAGCCACCCGGCACAAUUUUGUAUAUAGUUUGUGUUUUGAUGAAGGUUCAAUAAUUUAUUUACACAUUUAGUUUUUCUUGGCAUUAAUAGUUUAGAAAUCUAUAUUUUAAUCCAAUUUUUGGCUGACCUGUACCAGAAAGAGACUUUGUGUCAGGAAUACUGUUCAGUAGUUCCAGAUUUCUGAGUGUUUGUCUGUGUAGGCUUUUAAUGUUGUAGGCAUGAGACGGCCUCAGUGUUUAAGUUAUUUUUAUGGAACUUAUCAGGUAAAGUCUUAGAUGGGGUAGUCUGACCACAUGGAAAAUGUGACAGUCACACUGAGACUAAAGUAAACAGAUAUUGGUACUUUUCUCCAGCUUUAAUGGUACUGUGCUGUGCUGUACUGUGCUGUGCUGUACUGUACUGUACUGUACUGUGCUGUACUGUGCUUUACUGUAUGGAAUUUGGGAAAGAUUGAGAGUAAAACUGUAGCUAUCCACUGUGGCAGUAGAGGACUUAUUUGUACAAGAAGAAAAUUGUGUAUAAUAAGAAGAGAAACAACAACUAGACACAGGAAACACUGGAUUAUUUCUGUGAAGAAAAAAGUCUGUCAACUUUAAAUACUGGUAAAUGAAGCAGUGUCUUAGACAGGAAAUUAUAAAACUAAAAAGAGAAAUGUCAAAUUUGGGUAUAUGAAACAAGCUGUCAGAAUGUCAGAUAGGAGAAGUGUGUUAUGAGUGCCCAUACUGUACAGGACUAUAGCCAUCAGUUAAAGAGAGGAGAGACUCUACACUACUUUAAUAGGCAACAAUUGUCAACUAAUCUGCUACAUAAAAGCUAUAUUAUUAUUAACAGCUGUGGGUAGUGUGUAUAAGAAGAUAAUUUCUUGGCAUUCAUAAUGAAUAUUGUACUGUACAUGGGAGGCUCCUGGAGCAUCAUAGUCUCUUCUGGUGCCAUUUAAUGUAUGUAGGUCAUCCACAUUAAAAACAAACUGUUUCACCGAUGAAGUUUGUGGCAGGGCUUUCUGAAUCAACACGUACUGUGUACUUUUACCUGCCGUACCUACGGUAAAUAUGUGAAAGUUACCGGCUGAAAGGCAUUACUGUAUCUUAACCUUGUACUCAUCGGCCAUUCUUAAAGACGUCUCCUGGUUACCGACAAGUACUUCCGGCACUAGACAUUUUGAUGUAUUUCAGAGAUGAAUAUUUUAUUUCACGUGUUUUAUGGUAAAUAUAUUACUUUGCAAGCUGUGUCUUAUCAAGUUUGUUUUUGUGAAUUUUUUUGUCUAAUAAAAUUUUCCUUAACAUAAAAAAAAAUAUUAAUAUGCUUAGGAUUUUUAUUUAAUCUUUUUUGAGACAUUAUUUAUGAACUGUGACAGUCAGUAGGUGUAGCCAUAGUUCUUCAAGGCAAAGUGUCAUUCUAUGAUUUUCUUCUUCUUAAGUUUUUAAUAAACACUGAGAGGAGUCA